AUGCUGCUCAACACCAGUCUCGUUGCAACAGUGGGCAGCGGAAUGAGCAGUACCAGCAGCCGCCGCAUGCUGUAUUUGUACAACUGUAGACCAUCUUCGCAGGCCUCCACGAGCGCCACUAGAAGCGCUGGGGGAAGCUGCGACGGGUGUAACAGCUUGAUUGCGUGUUUAGUUCAGCCUUACGCUAUCUGUGGCGUAAAGCUGACACCUGAGCGUUUGGUCGUGUUGAAUGAAAAAUACAUCUCCAUUUUCGUCUUGCAGUCUCUUGUACUGCUGCGCACGCUGGAGAGGCACCCGAAUUUACCGCAGCAGCCUCGUGGUGGCUUCCUGUUCGGUGCCGGCACUGCUGCAGUUGCAGCAGCAGCCUCUGCUGCAGUAGCUGCCUCUGCUGCAGCAGCAGCCUCCGCUACGGCAGACUCAGUGUCUCAAGAGGCGUGGCUUUCUGCUCCAGCAGAUGACGGAAGGGCGCAUGCAGCAGCAGCUGCAGCGGAUGCAACACAAGCUGUCUUGGCAGUCGGGUGGAGCCCGCAACACAGCUACCUCGCUCUCCCCGCAGGCCCUCACCACGAAGGAUCUGGAAUUCUCUGUCUCUUCGACUUGAUGCGUGGCCGCUUCUGCUCGUGGCGUUGCACACACGAAGAUCCUUUGAGGGCGAUUGUCUUUUCCGCGUCUGCCUCUCUCGUUGCUGCAAUCUCAGCGAAAGGGUCAGUGGUUCGCAUCUUUACGGUUCCUUCUCUAGAAUACACUAUUGCGCUUCAGCUGCACAAUCCGCAAAUGCUUCUGCAGUCGACACCAGCGCCUUCGAUGGCUCCCGCCGACCCAGAACAGGGAGCCUUGAAGGCGUCAGAGCACGCUGUUGCAGACGCAGCCAGCGUACUUAAACACGCGGCAGGAGCAGAGACGCAUGUGGAAGACGUAGUGCUGCAGCAGCAGGGCAAGGAAGGGCAGCUACAGCAGGGGUGUGCCAGGCAGAAGACUGCUGGUAGUAGAGAUGGAACGAUCGGAAAAGCGAGGGAUUCCUGCAGUGCAGCGACUGCAGCGACUGCAGCUGCUGCCUCUUCGCCAGCUCCCGAGACAGUGGCUUUUCCCGCAGACAGCGGUCCACCAGCUGCUGAAGGUGUUGACGUUUCUCUUGAGAAGCGUCGUGAAGACUCCCUUCUGCCGGCAGACUCUGCAGAAGCGAGCAGCAGCAGCAGCGACGAUCGGAGAGGCAGGCGAGGCAGAGCGCACAGGAAGAAGCAAAAGCAGAUGCUGCAGCGACAGCAGCAAAAGCAGCACGACCAGGAACGCGAUGAUCAAGAACCUUUAUCCCUACGAAUCGAUAAGACGCCAGCACGUCUGCCAAAGGCCGGAGAAGUGUCACCCCCUGCAAAGGGCAGAAGUCACAAUAGCCCAGCGGAUCGCUGCACAGCCACAAGCGCCGAAUCCGCAGUGUGCAGCGACAGCAAAGGGAGCUUCAGCGGCUGCAGCAGCGACAAAAACAGCGCUGAUGAGGAGCAACUUGAGAAGGCCAGCUUUAGCAGCAAGGACGCUGGCACAGAGGCGAGCAGCAAGGUGGCAGCAGGCAGAGCAGCGAAGGCUGUAGCAAGAUCUGGGAGUGCUGACAGGGGGUCGACUUCUUCGCUGCCAACUUCGAACUCAAGGCUGUUAUCAAGGAAGAAUCGAAAACAGACCGUCCAGGAGGCGUCACAACAGGAGCAGCAGAUUAAGCCACAGAGGCAGCGCAAGUCGUCCCCUCAGAAGCGGCACGCUCAGACGCUUCCUGCUGCUUACGUUACAUGCGCUUUAACACCGCACCAGCCGAGCAAUGAAUCCGCCUUCGGAAAUGGCGAGCAUGAAAGGCAGCAGCAAUCAGGGAAGGAGGAAAGCCAGCAAGGGCGUUCAGAAGCCUUGCAGACGAAAGAAAUUCCGAGCCUCACGGAUCAAGAGUCUGCAGAAAAACCCGUUGCAGCCAACGGGGCAGAGUCUGUGAAGUUUGCAGAAGUGUCUUUCUCCUCAGCGUCGAUGCCAAGACGCAAAAAGCAGCAGAAGAGCAGUGGGAAGUCGCCAGCCUUGCGUGUCGAUGCCGUCAAUUUCGCAGGAGUCGCGCUUGCCCAAUCGGCUUCUGCCAGGAGAAGCAGGAGCACGUGUACUACGACAGCAGCAGCAGCAGCUGCAGCGCCGCAAGCGAAAUUUCUCUCUGCCGCAACAGCUGCUGCGUCUGCCGCGUUGCAGAACCCUCAGUAUCCGCAGGAAGCGACAUUCGUAGGAUCGCUUUUCUCCCGUCAAGAAGAGAAGGCUGCACAGGGUGGGUUGGCAUCGCGCUCAACCUCUCCAGCCGCCGCUGACGCAGCUCCUGCGGGAAGGGGGGGAAGAAGGAAGGCCUCUCUUGUCGGCAACAAAGAAAUAGUCGAUGAGGGAUGGGUGUUGUGCGGCAGCACUCCCCGAUUAGACGGCGACUUCGGAGGCUCCAAGUUCACAGAGUUGCAAGAGGAGCCGCGGGGGGGGUCAGAAGAAGAGAGGCUAAGCAGCUGCGACAGCGCGAAUCUCUCAGCAGAAUGGAGUUGCGUAGAGGCUUCCGGAGGCUUGUCUCCCUCCGGCUACAGCAGCCCCCCCAGCCGCAACAGCAGUGGCCAUGUUGGCGUCAGAGCUGGCAGAGACACCUCGCAUGCACUUUUCCUUCCCGACCAGCCCUUGCCUUCGCCAGCAAGCGCUGCCGGCUGUGCUGAGAAAUCUCAUCUGCUUGGUGCUCGAGCCGAAGAAAGACACACCACGCAGGUGCUCGGGGGAGGUUCUCUCACAGGCGCCUGCUGCGGGGGAUUUUUGCGUGACUCUCGCGAUACUCCAACUGAAGAAGCCGCGCAGCAGCGGCUGCUACCAGCCCCUGCGUGGCUUGCCGGCUCCCAUCACGGCGGCACCAGCGGAAGCGCAGCCAGAGCAGACACUGACCACCGAAAGCAUCUCCAAAAGGAGGCUCAGCAUUGCGACACAGACGCAACCGACGGACAGAGAGGCACUCAACGAAUCAUCUUAACAGGAGAACCUGCAGCUGGGUUCAGUACAGGCACAACUGACGCGCUCCGACAAGUCUCUCUCGCCUUCUCUGGCUGUAGUCGUAUUUUUACUGCUUCGCGGGGGGAUGGCCUAGUGUUUGUCUUCCAUCUCCCAUGGACGCCAGGAGACUUGCAGAGGCACUCCAAAUGCGGCGUGGCAGUGCAGCAGCAGCUCCUGCGCUCCUUGCAGCAAGGCGGUGCAAGGGACCGAACUGCAACGGACGGUUCCAUUGCAUUGUCAGACACACCGAGCCGUGCUGUAGCACAAACUGCAGCAUGCGCCUCUGCUUCUGCUGGGAAAACGCCUCUUGCGCGGCCAGGCGGAAGCAGCAAACUGUCGAGCAUCACUGGGGUUGCCGCUUCCGCCUUAGCCUCCGUGACAUCGCUGCUUCUUCCUGCUUCCCUUAGCGAGAGGCUGAUACAUGGGCAAAGCUGUGCUUCCUGCAUAGCACUCCCCUCAACAGCUGCAGGACGUGUGAGCUGUGUUGCUUCUUCUGACCUUCUCGCGGGCGACAAAGUAGAAGUUGUUGUGGGACUAAAUAACGGCUUUGCUUACACGUACAGCUGUCAGCUCAAUGCUUCAGGCCGAUAUCGGCUGCGGGAUGAGCAGAUUCUGGAAACUCAGGGAGGGGAGAGCUGA